CAAUAUGACAUCGCCUUCCUCGUCAUUGAUGGAUGCCAAGCUUGUCUCGCGCAUCGUCGCCGAUGUGUCGAGCGUGCACCGGUGUGUGUUGAACCACGAGCCAGUCAUCAGCGCAGAGGCGGCGGGCUUUGUGAGAAACGAGACGGCGCUGGAGGUAGCCUCGCAGCAGAUUCAGGAAAUGCAACACAUGACAAGCACCCUGCAGCAGCACACCAUCUCUGAAAUCAAAACAAACGCAACGGCGUCAAUACAGAACGCCCUGGACACAGCCACCGCAUCGGCCCAAAAGAUGAAGCAGCUCUUCGAGGAGACGCAGGCAGCAAAGGACGAUAGGUCGCUUUAUCGCCCCGAAAAAACUGCACGAAACGCAAAACAAGAUGUAAUAAGAGAAGCUAUAUCGUCAACACAGAGAAGAGAGAAGUAA